AUGGAUUAUUCUCUGCAGAAUCACGCUUCCUACAUUGGCCGUUCGGUCUCCGAGCUUCCUACCCCAGCUCUCAUCCUAAGCAAGCCCGUACUGGAGCAGAACAUCCAGAUCUUGCUAGAUGAUGUCAAACAGUUGGGAAUUGAGUUUCGGCCCCAUGUCAAAACACUCAAGUGUACUGAGGUGACUCGCAUGAUGCUGGGCGACGGCAUACACCGUCGCAUCGUCGCAUCAACCCUAUCCGAGAUCCGGGGUUGCCUCGAUCUAGUCAAGGAAGGCAAACUAGACGAGUGUCUCUACGGCUUACCCGUCUCAGCCAGCGCCCUACCUUUCCUCCAGACUUUAAACGAAUCCCUAAAGAUCAUCCUAAUGAUCGACAGCGAGCAACAGGUAGAUCUCCUCGAAUCCUACGCCUCCAAAUCGCCUUCUCCCCUAGCGCCAUGGCCCGUCUUCAUCAAGAUCGACGUCGGCUCCCAGCGCGCAGGAAUGGUCACCGACUCACCAUCCCUCCCAACAUUGAUCCAGCGCAUCGAGUCAUCGUCUGCAGCUACCGUAUACGGUUUCUACUGCCAUGCCGGGCAUUCAUAUGCAUGUCGUACGGAGGAUGCCGCAGCUGCGGUUCUCCAGAGCGAAGUCGAGGGCGUAGCGGAAGCAGCUAGAGUCCUGGUCGACGGGAAAUCCAAUCGAAGGGUCGUGGUGUCGGUGGGAUCAACGCCCACAGCACACGUGGUGAGAAGACUCCAGGGGGUAUUGCUCGAGGGGAUGGAGUUGGAGUUACAUGCUGGAAACUACCCAACCAACGACCUGCAGCAAGUCUCGACGUCUCUCGUGGAACCGACGCAGCAGGCGGUGCGCAUUCUCGCUGAUGUCUGCAGCGUGUAUCCCGAUCGCAACGAGGCGCUCAUCAACGCGGGGACUAUCGCGCUCUCGAAAGAGACAGGCGAGUUCCCCGGGUAUGGGGUGGUUGUUGAUCGAGCGCAGUGGAGCGUUGUGCGGAUGUCGCAGGAGCAUGGGAUUCUGGGGUGGGCGGAGUCAGAUCAGACGCACAGACUUGUUGAGAAGACGGGAUCGAAGUCUAGUGAUGGGGAUAAGGUGGAGGAUGCGUUUACUGUUGGGGAUAAGGUUUUGCUUUAUAUUCAGCAUGCUUGCAUUACGGCUGCUAUGCAUUAUGCUUAUUAUGUUGUUGAUGAGCAGGAUAUUGUUCGGGAAACUUGGGUUCCGUGGAAGGGAUGGUGA